AUGAAAGAAAGCCCAGGUUCAUGGCUAUUUAAAUCAGCCAAAAAACGGAAGAAGGAAUUGCUUCAACAAAAAUUAGAUUUACGUCAAAAAGUACGACCACAAGAAAUUUCAUCUAAAAGACAACAACUAACCGACAACCGGAGAGUUACAACAAAUAAAUUGUUGAAGUCUCCUAAACGAUCGGAUGACAUCUCAACUGCUCGAUCGAAUGAUAUUUCAACAGCUAAAACGUAUGCUUCCUCGAAUCAAAUUUUACAAAACCGAAAAAGCCAUCAAACAGCAAGAAGUAUUGUUGAAGAAGAUUUGAAACAACGCUUGCAACAAAUGGAUUUCAAGCUAACAUCUACAAAAAUUCCAAAACAAAGAUCUGAAUCUGAGAGAUCUACAACUUCGGAGAGCAGAUCAAACGAUUUAGGAACGCUGACUAGCAGUAGCGACACAUUAAGAAGUUCAAAACGUCAGCGGAAAUUAUCAUCUGAUCGUAGGAUGAGACAACGAAAAUCGGAUAAGCGAAGCCAUACAAAUAAACUGAAAUAUUUGGAUAAAACUAACCGUCGAUUAUCAAAGAAACAUCAAAAGAUGGAUGAUGGCAACAAAUCUUAUCAUUCCAAUUCACAAAAGAGAGUAAGCAACGAUUCCACUUUUAUUAACAAUCAGAGGCAAUCAAUGGAAAAAUCAUCUAAAUCGGAGAAAAGAGAUUCAGGAUCUGAAGUAACUGAGAAAAUUUCUACGCAAAACAAGCUAAAAGAUAAAAGAAUGAUAAUGAAUAGAAAAAAAAGAGGUAAAGAUCAACUAAUAAAAAUGGAUGGUUUGCAAAGAAUGGAAAAUAAAAAUCGAAAAAAUUUAAAGAAAGCAUUAAAUCGUCAAUUAAAGAAGAAAAUCCAGAAUGAAAAGGAAUUGUUUUUAAAAAGUGAAAAAAAAGCAAACAAACAAUUGAAAAGAACGAAAAAAUCGAUGACUGAGCAUUUUUCAAAUAUUUCAAAAUGUCACAAAACAAAACGAAAUUUAAGUGAAGAAUCAAAUCAACAAUCAACCAAAAUAUUUCCACCAUCAUCAUCAUUAAUAUCUUCCUCCUCAGAAAGCAAAAAAUCAAAGAAAGAUCAAUUCGAUGGUAAAAAUUAUAAAAGUAGCGGACAAACUACAAAGAUUGCAAAUGGUACUACUACUGAUUCUAAAAAAUCGUCGGAAAAAAGAAAGAAAGAAAAUUUAAGAAAUUUGCAAAAGUCCAAUCAAGUUUCAAAUGCUGCUACAUGCUUGAAUAUCAAAAAAGCUUCUGAUCGUGAAAUUUCUAUGUCCACAUCACUUUCGGGAAGGAAUCGAGUAAGUGCAGAAAGCGAAAUGCAUCCAAACUUCACUAAUACUUCGGCAAAAGUCAUCACAUCAAAUAACAUUUUAUCAAAGCAAGAGAAUGUACCGCAGGUUCCUGAUGAAAAAAAAUUAGAUCCAUCAUCAUUUUUAAAAAAAUCUGAAACAAUCGAAAUGUGCUUUUCUAUGAAACCUGUAAAAAAUGAGAAAAUGAUGAAGAAAUUCGGAAAGAAAUCUAAAAAAGAUAAGACAAAGAAAUCUGACCCAAAAAAAACGAAGAAAUCGAAGAGUUUGGAAGCAAAUUUGAAAUUAAAAUCACAUAAAUCCAAUAAGGACGACAGCUCCAAAAAUUUGAAAAAUAAGAUGAAAAUUGGAAGAAAAGACAGUGAAAGGUCAAUAACAUCAAAAACAAUAAGCUGUUCCGAAACUUCAAAAGGAAGCAAGAAAAAGCAAAUUCGGCAAUAUUCCGGAAAGAAGGAUCAAACAUUGAACCGCAUUAAUGAAAAAGAAGUUUCUAGGCGUCAACAAAUGAUUGGCAGUGAUAGCGCAAAAGAAAAUGUGAAAAGUGACGAAGCAUUUGCAGCAAUAAUUGGCAAAUACCGGAAUUUAAAAUAA